UGUGUGUGUGUGUGUAUGGGUAUAAGUACUGGUUUGCAGUUGUGAUACUUGCAACACCAUGCCCAUUCAUUGCCAUAUUUCGAUGGCUAAUUCCCAUAUUCACAGCUUGUACUUGUGCCUUAUCAUUUUCUCUAUCUCCCACCACCUAGCCUCCACCUUGGGAGAAUCUAACAACUAUAUCAUUCACAUGGACUUGUCUUUCAUGCCUAAAGCCUUUUCUGCCCACCAUAACUGGUACUUGUCCACUGUUGCCUCUGUAUUGGAAAAUUCUGAUCUUAGCACCGAUGAUGUCACAAGUACUACCGCCUCCUCUUCUAAGCUUAUCUAUAGCUAUACCCAUGUUAUGAAUGGUUUCUCUGCAAGUCUUUCUCUAUCUGAGCUUGAGGCCUUGAAAAGAUCUCCAGGUUUUGUUUCUUCAAUCCGGGACUUGCCUGUUAGAGCUGACACAACUCAUUCUUCCCAAUUUCUUGGCCUUAACUCCAACUCAGGUGCAUGGCCAGUGUCAAACUAUGGCCAGGAUGUCAUAAUUGGGGUGGUGGAUUCAGGGGUUUGGCCAGAGAGCCCAAGCUUUAAUGACAAUGGCAUGUCAGAAAUUCCAUCGAGGUGGAAAGGAGAAUGUGCAGGUGGCUCUGAGUUCAACUCUUCUUUGUGUAAUAAGAAGCUCAUUGGAGCUCGGUUCUUUAACAAAGGUCUGAUUGCCGAAUAUCCGAAUGUGACCAAAACAAUUGUGAACUCCACGCGAGAUUCAGAAGGACAUGGGACACACACGUCGAGCACAGCUGCUGGAAACUAUGUUGAAGGUGCAUCCUUCUUUGGCUAUGCCCCAGGAACCGCUAGCGGCAUGGCUCCCCGGGCAAGGGUGGCCAUGUACAAGGCUCUCUGGGAAAACGGCUCCGUCACAUCCGACAUUAUUGCUGCCAUUGAUCAAGCAUUUAUGGACGGUGUGGAUGUCAUAUCAUUAUCUUUUGGUUUGGAUGGGGUUCCUUUGUACGAGGACCCCAUCGCCAUAGCUACAUUUGCAGCCUUGGAGAAGGGCGUUUUCGUUUCCACAUCGGCAGGAAAUGAGGGACCAUUCAUUGGGACCCUACACAAUGGCACGCCAUGGGUUCUAACUGUUGCUGCUGGUAACAUAGACCGUGACUUUGGCGGAGUCAUUACUCUUGGCAAUGGAGUUUCAAUAGAGGGGUCGUCUCUCUUUCCUGGGAAUUCAUCUUUCAGCCUUCGCCCAAUUGUUUUUAUGAAUGGCUGUGCUAACUUGAAGAAAUUGAAGAAAGUUCGGAACAAGAUUGUUGUGUGCGAAGAAAAGAAUGGAUCCUUGCCUUUUCAAGUUAAGAAUGUUAGAGGAGCAAAAGUUGCAGCCGGUGUCUUUAUAACUAAUGAUACUGACUUGGAGUUAUUCAUCGAGAGCACCUUUCCAGCAGUUUUCUUGAAUCCAAAGAAGGGAGAAACUGUCAAAGACUACAUCAAGAUCAACUCCAAGGCAAAAGCAAAGUUGGAGUUUCAAAAGACUAUCCUCGGCACAAAACCAGCACCAAGUCUUACUGGCUAUAGUUCUAGAGGACCAUCUCCGAGCUGCCCAUUUGUCUUGAAACCCGACUUAAUGGCUCCUGGUGAUUUAAUCUUAGCUGCAUGGCCCCAAAAUGUCGCAGCGGCCCUGGUGGACGACCACGAACUAUUUAGUAACUUUGUUCUGUUGUCCGGAACAUCAAUGGCAUGCCCACAUGCAGCAGGAGUGGCUGCACUUUUGAAAGGAACACACCCUGAAUGGAGCCCCGCAGCCAUCAGGUCAGCCCUGAUGACCACAUCGGACACUUUGGACAACACACUCGGCCCCAUCAAAGACAAUGGCGGUAAUAACAAUACGGUGGCUACUCCUUUAGCCAUGGGUGCCGGGCAUAUCAAUCCCAACAAGGCAAUAAACCCCGGGCUAAUUUACGACGUCAAAUUGAACGAUUACGUAAAUCUUCUCUGUGCUCUAAAUUACUCCAUGAAGCAAAUCAAAAUCAUCACCAAGUCGGCUUCGUACAAAUGUUCCAGUACAACCUCUUCCUUGGAUCUUAACUACCCUUCUUUUAUUGCUUUCUUCAAUGCGAAUGACUCGAACUCUGAUGCAACAACCGUACAAGAAUUCCAUAGAACAGUGACCAACGUUGGAGAGGGACAGUCAAUCUAUGUUGCAAGCAUAACACCCAUUAAAGGGAUUCAAGUCAGUGUAAAACCAGACAAAUUGGUGUUCAAAGAGAAGAACGAGAAACAAAGUUUCAAGCUGGCAAUAAAAGGUCCACGAUUGCUAAAAGAGGAGAUAGUGUUUGGUUAUCUCAGUUGGGUUCAUACCGCAGGUAAAUACAUCGUGAAAAGCCCCAUAGUAGCCACAAGGGUUAGCUCGGAAUUUGUAUCGUAGUUAGCAGAGCUAACUUUUGUCUGCCAGUUAAUCAGCAUUUGAUCGUUCACUUGGACUAAAUAAAAGUUUAUGUUUUUAAGUUGA